CACUGACAUCAUCCUCCCUUCUUCUUCCACCACUCCAGCAGCCGAACUUGCCACGCGACUGUCAACUUUCAACUCGGCGACAGUGACUAAUCAAGCACGAGCGUCUAUCUUAUCAAUCCAGCACCUCCACCGCGCCCGACACACCUACCUACACACACACAGACAGCAUGGACGGGCCGAUCGUAUUCAAGAAGCGAUCAGGCAAAGCGCAGCCCCGCAAAGCGGUGGCACGAGCGCGCUCAGAAUCGGAGUCAGACUCAGGCUCCGGGGGCGAAGACGGCGUGCGCAGCAUCAAGCGGCGCAAGACGGGCGGCAUCAGCGGGACGUCGACGGCGGCGCAGCGGCCCAAGAGCCACGUCGAGGGCACGACCAAGUACGCGGCGGACACGACGGCGGCGAUCAAGGUGACGCAGGACGCGACGAAGCAGUCGAACUGGUACGACGAGGGGGCGGCGGACGCGCUGAGCGCGCAGAAGCUGCUGGGCAAGACGCGCGCGCCUGCUGCAGGAGCAGGAGCGGCAGGGGGAGCGGCAGGAGGAAAGGAGGGAAGCGAAGGCGCGGCGCCAGACGGCACGUACAAGGGCCAGAAGAAUUACUCGAGCUUCAUCCAGAAGAACCCGGACGCGCCGAACAGGGUCGGCCCCGUCAAGGCGCCGACCAACGUGCGCAUCGUCACGCAGAUCGACUACGCCCCCGACGUCUGCAAGGACUACAAGCAAACGGGCUUCUGCGGCUUCGGCGACAGCUGCAAGUUCCUGCACGCGCGCGAGGACUACGCCGCCGGGUGGAAGCUGGACAAGGAGUGGGAGAUCAACAGCAAGGGCAAGAAGGCCGGGGGCACAACUGUCGCGUCCGCGAACCGCAGCGGUGGCGCUGCUGCUGCUGGGGGCGAGGACGCGGAGAAGGAGGAGGAGGAGAAUAAGCUGCUCGAGAAGAUCCCGUUUGCUUGCGUCAUCUGCAAGAAGCCGUAUACGCAGCCCAUCGUCACCAACUGCGGCCACUAUUUCUGCGAAAAGUGCGCGUUGCAGCGCUUCCGCAAGAGCCCGAGCUGUGCUAUUUGCGGCGCGGGUACGGGUGGCAGGUUCAAUGAGGCCAAGAAUCUGAAGAAGCUGCUUGAUAAGAAGCGCGAUCGGAUUAGGAAGAAGAAGGAAAAGAUGAGGGAGGAGGGCGAGGAGGUCAGUGAUGGUGAUGAGGACAAGGACUAAUACUUCAUGAAGAGCUAUACAUUUGCCUUAUGGCAACAAAUUCAUGGAUUUCGUGACAGUGCUGUGUGCUUCUAUGGUGCAAGCUUCUUGGACGUGGAGGAGACAGCAUUCAAAGCAGCUAAUUAGAGCAUCAGUACUGAUGCGAAAGGAAUUUAAUGAAUAAGACAGGGAACCAUCGCCGCCGUAACGACGCCCUGGAGGUAUAUAGAGCUCGAAUGUCGGGCCAGGCCCAAGCAAAAGGGCGCAGUGCAUUAACAGAAUGCUAAAAGAUGAAAACCAAUACCAAAACCCUUGAAUAAUGUGAAAAGGACGUCCAGGACGAUGGCCCCACGCCACACUGCGCCGUCCAGCCCAACGCCAUCAAACGCGACCCGCCCAGAACCCAAGUGA